AUGAGGGCAGCAGGCGGUCUCUGCGAGGAUGAGGAACUAGAGGGGCACAGCGGUCCCACCUACGAGUCGCUGCAGACUGUGUUCGACAGAAAGCCGUUCCGCCCUGCGGUCAACCUGAGUAACCCCACCAUCACCAACAUCUCCUUCACUCUGUAUGCUGUGCUGGGUGUGUACUGGCAUCAUGAGUUUCUAGUGUGGGACCCAGAGGAGUGCGAUGGGGUCAGCAAGAUCUCCCUGCCUGUCCGGGACCUCUGGACCCCUGACAUUAUCGUUUAUGAGUUUGUGGAUGAUGACGUGUCUCAGAACUGCCCGUAUGUCUACGUUAAUCACACCGGCCACAUCCGCUAUGACAGGAUGUUACGAAUCGUCAGCGCCUGCAAUCUGAAGAUCUAUACCUUUCCCUUCGACAUCCAGAACUGCUCGCUGACCUUUGGAUCCUACAUGCAUACCAUCAAAGAUGUCCGGGUCUCUUCGGCCCUGUCCUUUGAGGAAAUCUCUGGGAAUUCCAAGCGUUACCUGGAAGCCAGCGGAGAGUGGGAGCUGGUGAUCAUUCAGGGGAAUGCUGGAAUCCUGCAGUUCGGGAUUGAUGAGUGGGACAUCAUCACGUUCUGGGUGGUGAUAAAGAGGCGGCCGAUCCUCUACGUGGUGAACCUGCUGAUCCCAAGCUCCUUCCUGAUGAUCAUCGACAUCCUGUCCUUCUACCUGCCACCACACAGUGUGGACCGAGCCUCCUUCAAGAUGACCCUGAUCCUGGGCUACACCGUCUUCCUGCUCAUCAUGAAUGACCUGCUGCCCAGCACUGCUAACGGCACCCCCAUCAUUGGAAUCUAUUUCUCAGUCUGUCUGGCUCUCAUGGUGAUCAGCCUGCUUGAGACUGUCAUCAUCACCAACGUGCUUCACCACAACUCCAUGAAGUACCGACAAGUACCGAGGUGGGUACGGGUGCUGGUGCUGGGGUACAUCGCUCGUCUCAUUUGCUAUACCAAACCUGAAGAAGAAGCCCAAGCCAGCCCGAAAGCGGACCCCACCGGGCCUGGCUCCCCAGCACAGAACCCAACCACCAACGGCCAUGGUGAGCAUCUGUAA